AUGACAAAGAUACUAACUUCAAAAACUGAAAGCCUUCCAGUCUUUACCACGAUGCAGAUUCCUGCCUCUCUCCCAUUUUUCGCCAUCCUUGGCAUGGUCAGCGCCGCAGCAGAGUGCCCUCGCAGCGGAGGCGGUGACGGACCCUACCUGCACAACGCGUAUCGGGAAGCGCCGACCCGGGUCGGGGAGACGAAAAACUACGAUUGGGCCGGGACGACCAUCUCAGUCAAGAUGCAGAAGACCAGGGACUCUUGCGACCCCGAAGAGAGCUGCGACGACGAUAUCACAUACAACUUCAAGAAUAGGGGCACCAGAUCGGUCCGCGUCCGGAUUGAGGAGAGCCGCAACGAUUUCAUGGGACUCGUUCUCGCGCCUGGGGCUGACUGCGAUCUGAACCGCUACUUCACCCGCGGAGAUGGACCUUACCAGAUCUCUUUUGCGAAUUGA